AUGGCCGACUACCAGCGUGACCAGUUGCCGCCGCCGAGGCGGCCGCCGCAGCAACAGUACGGCGAAAGCAACUACCAGCGGGAUGCCGCAUUUUCCAGCAUUUUCGGCGCCGCCCCUCCCCCCGGCCGCUCGCAGACUAUGACCUCGUCCGUUCCUCCGCCCCAGUUCAUGCAAGAUGGACGCACCCACACAAUGUCGUCCACGACAUCGACCAUGUCGGAUAUGCGGGGGCCGCCACCCCAGCGACCUCCACAACGUCCGCCUCCAGGAGGUGAUUAUCGUGAGCAACCCGCUCCUCCUCGGCCGCGGCCCAAUGAUGCUGGUCCGGCGUAUGGAUACUAUCAGAGCCAGCAGCGCUCGGUCUCAGGCGGCCAGCAGGUCCCAUCGCCGCAAUAUCUCCAACAGCAGCAGCAGGCACGGCGGCCAUACCCAGGCGGUCCGCCUCCCCAGCAGCCGGGCCCGCCACGGCUCGACCCUUCACGUGGAGCUCCGCCCCCUCAAGGCUACUACAAUAAUGCGCAACGGACCCCCCCGCAGCCAUUCUACCCCGACCGGAGACCUGCGCCUGCUAUGAACUCGGACCCAUAUCGAUCGCAGUCGCUGGCUAACUUCCCCCGGCCUCAGAUGCAUCAGCCUCCACCACAGCCUUAUCAACAGCAACAGGUGCCGGCCAACGCCUUCCGACAUGCUCAGUACAACCAACAUUCGGCCCGGACCACGGCGCAGGGGCGUGUCGUUCCGGAGCGGCACAUGGAAGACCGGUCUAUGACCAUGACUGGCUAUCCUUCGCACGACCGAGACGCGCAUCAGACCAUGAGCGGCCGUGUGAUUCCGAACAGAAGACCGGUUGGCGCCGUUUCCCCGCACGCCGACUAUGGGGGGAGUCAUGGCUCGCCAAACCCCGGGUAUGCGUCUGGUUACGGUCCGCCGGGGUCUCAAACAAGGACCACCAGCGUGGCGUCAUCAAUGGGCCACGACAGCACAAGGUCUAUGUCGAUGGCCUCCACAAUAGCGGCCCCCUCGAUAGCGCCGAGUGAAAAAACAGACACGCAGACCCUCGUGCAGCGUACGUCGAUGAGCAACUCGGUCAACGGCGAACGCCCGCCCACCGCCAAGAUAAGGCCACCCAUCGUUUAUCCUGCGCUCCUCUCCCGCGUGGCCGAGUGUUUCCGCCAAAAAAUUGUCACGGGCGACCGGACAAAGAACGAGCUCACCUACAAGAAUGCCUUCAGCGGUGCCGAGGCCGUCGAUGUUCUUUCGUACAUUAUCAGGACUACCGACAGGAACCUGGCGUUGCUUCUCGGUCGGGCCCUCGAUGCGCAAAAGUUCUUCCAUGACGUGACGUACGAGCACCGACUUCGCGAUUCGACCUAUGAAAUGUACCAGUUUCGGGAAACCAUGACGGAAGAGCCUGAAGAGAAACCGGCUGUCAACGGCGUCUUUGUUUUGCUGACCGAAUGCUACUCGCCCACGUGCACGAGAGAUCAGCUGUGCUACUCGAUCGCUUGCCCACGACGACUGGAGCAAGUGUCACGGUUGAAUCUCAAGAUGGGCCCUGGCCUCAAGAGGGAAGGGGAUGUGCCCGUGAAUGACGACGACGCAGACCAGACGGACGAGCAGAAACUGUGGAUCAAUAGUGUCUCCAAGGAAAUUGCCGACAGCAUAUCCGACCGCGAGAAAAAGAGGCAGGAAGUCAUCUCGGAGAUUUGCUACACAGAACGAGAUUUCGUCAAGGACCUGGAGUACCUGCGCGACUUCUGGAUCUACCCUCUGAGAGGCAAGAUCAACGGCAUGUCGCCCAUUCCGCCUCAGAGGAGGGAACGGGUUGUUCGAACCAUCUUCAGCAAUAUUAUCGAUUCCCCGAGUAUUCACGGCGUCAGCUCCAGGUUUGCUAGGGCCUUGACCGAGCGGCAGCAAAAGACCCCGGUGGUCAAGAGCUUGGGCGACAUCUUCCUCGAGUUCGUGCCGCAGUUCGAGCCAUUCAUCCUUUACGGGUCGAGGCAGCUCGAGGGCAAGUACGAGUUUGAGAACGAGCGCUCGAUCAACAAGGACUUUGCGAGAUUUGUCGAUGAGGUGGAGCGGCGGAGAGAGUCGAGAAAGCUGGAGCUCAACGGCUACCUGACCAAGCCGACGACGAGAUUGGCUAGGUACCCGCUUCUCCUCGAGAACGUGCUCAAGUACACGGAGCCCGACAACCCGGACAAGGAGGACAUUCCAAAAGUCUUGACCAUGAUCAGAGACCUUCUGACCCGGGUUAAUGCCGAGUCCGGCAAGGCCGAGAAUCGCUUCAACCUGAGGCGUCUCCACGAGCAGCUCAGGUUCCGUCCGAAUGAAAAGGUGGAUCUCAAGCUUACGGAUGAGGGCCGAGAGCUGGUGUUCAAGAGCCAAUUCAAGAAGACGCCUACUGAGAAUGCCGACAUUACCGCCUUCCUAUUUGACCACGCCGUGCUUCUUGUGCGCAUCAAGCAGGUGGGCAAGACGGAGGAGUUCAAGGCUUAUCGCAGGCCUAUUCCGCUGGAGCUGCUCUCGAUCAAGGAGAUGGAGGAAGUGAUACCCCAGGCCGGCGCGGUGAAGCGCUCGUCAUCGAGUCUUCUCCCGGCCCUUCGCACCCCUAGUAUCGAAACGAAAAAAGGCGAAGGCUGGCCAGUUACGUUCCGCCAUCUCGGAAAGAACGGCUACGAGUUGACUCUGUAUGCGUCCAAUCAGUCGGGACGACAGAAGUGGCUCGAGCUCAUCGACGCGGCCCAGCAGAAGCUCAGGGCCCGGGCCGACUUCCUCAACACGACCGUCAUCACGUCGGGCUUCUUUGCUGGCGCAAAUAAGGUCAACUGUGUGGCACCAUUCGACGGCGGGCGCAAGCUUAUUUACGGAACCGACAACGGCAUAUACAUGUCAGAUCGCAGGUCCAAGGAUAAUGCGACGCCCAAGCGUGUUAUCGACGUGCCUAGCGUGACGCAGGUCGAUGUCCUGGAGGAGUAUCAGCUGCUGCUUGUGCUCUCGAACCGGUCGCUCCUGUCGUACCAGCUCAGCGCCCUAGAUCCCAACGAGCCCAUCUCGUCCAAGCGGGCCAAGAAGAUCCAGAGCCACUGCAACUUUUUCAAGACGGGCAUCUGCCUCGGGCGCCACCUGGUGUGCUGCGUCAAGAGCUCGGCGCUGUCGACAACCAUCAAGGUCUACGAGCCCAACGAUGCCAUGUCGCGCACCAAGAAGCAAAAGGGCCUCAGCAAGAUGUUCAACGCCGGCCAGGACGAGCUCAAGCCGUUCAAGGAGUUCUACAUACCGACCGAGUCCAGCUCGGUCCACUUCCUCAAGUCCAAGCUCUGCGUCGCGUGCGCACGCGGGUUCGAGGUGGUGUCGCUCGAGACGCUCGAGACGCAGUCGCUGCUCGACCAGGCCGACACGUCACUCGACUUUGUCGCGCGCAAGGAAGGCGUCAAGCCAAUCCACAUUGAGCGGCUCAACGGCGAGUUCUUGCUCAACUACUCGGAAUUCUCGUUCUUCGUCAACCGCAACGGCUGGCGGGCCAGGCCCGAGUGGCGGCUCGACUGGGAAGGGUCGCCGCAGGCGUUUGCCCUGUCGUAUCCCUGGAUCCUGGCGUUUGAGCCGAAUUUUAUCGAGCUCAGGCAUAUUGAGAAUCUGGCGGUGCAUAUUGUGCCGCAUCGGAAUAUCCGCAUGUUGCAUACUAGUACACAUGAGAUCAUCUUUGCGUACGAGGACGAACGCGGCGAGGAUGUUGUGGAGGCCAUUGAUUUCUGGAAGAGCCAGAGGAAGUCGGAGAUGUAUCCCGCCGGUGUCAACCCGGGGUCGCCGCCGGGUAGUUCGGCGGGCCCGCCGCGUCUGAACUUGGGGCAAUGA